AUGACUUUAGCUAUUUGGCUAACACACAGCUAUUUUGUGAAACCGGUAACGAGUACGUCACGUGUUUCGCCUUCCUUCAUUCACUCAUGCAAUAG